AUGGACUGGUACGCGUGGAUGUGCAGGGCGGGGCUCCAGCCGGACGUGGCGUUCCAGUACGCGCUCCUCUUCGCGCGCAACGACCUCGCCGCCGGCGACCUGCGCCGUCUCGACCACGAGUUCCUCGCCACCAUGGGCGUCCCCGUCGCCAAGCACCGCCUCGAGAUCCUCAACCUCGCCAGGAGGGACAAGCCGCGCCCCUCCUCCUCCUCCUCCGCCGCCGCCGUCCAGCUCCCGUGGCGCGCCACCAGGCUGCUCGCCGCGGCCGUGCGCCGCUCCGCGCUCUCCCUCGCCGACCGCCUCCGCUCCGUGGCCCGCCGCGACAAGACCGCCGUCGCAGUCGCGCCGCGCCCGUCGCCGCUGUUGUGGAAGGCACCUCUCGCGGCGCCGUCGUCCGCCGCCCGGCGUGGCGGCAGCGCCAGGAAGAUGGCGCUGCUGAGGCACGUGAGCAAGCCCAUGCUCACCAACAGCAGCGGCGGCGGGAAGAAGAGGACGAGGCCGACGAACGGCGCGGCCACGUACAAGGCCGCCGCCCCCGCCAAGGCGGCGAUAGCCGGCUGCUUCGCAAACCCCGACACCUACACCUACAGCGAUGACGACGAUGACGGCGACGGCGGCGACGACAUGCGGUGGGAGUCCAUGUUCCAAGAUCUCAAGCCCACAUAG